UUAAAAAAUAGGACAUUUCUCCCAUUAAUUAUACCAUAUAAUCAACUGAUAUAUAAGCAAGAGCUUUUUCCAUAAAGCUUAUUGUCAAAGUUUCAGUGCAAUCUCUAUAAUAUCGUAGAGCGAUCCGUUAGUUCUUUUGUGAUAAUUAUUCUAUUCCCGACUUAAAAAUGAAUUCUUGGAUUCUUUUAUUUUUGUGCCUUUCAAUUGUCGCUGUAGUCAAUUGUGCCCGUCACGAGGGCCGUUAUGGAGACUGCUCCCCUAUUGGUAGAACGUGUCAAUUGGAUCAUCACUGCUGUCCAAACCUGGAAUGUUUUUGUAAAAAUGGUCGCCGAUGCUGUACUGAAGUGUCAUGCCAAAUUUGGCCUCAUAAAAAAGAUUUGAAAAUAUGUCGAAAUAAAAAACAAUGCUUGGAAGUACAAGGAGGAGGAGAGUGUCUCACUGAUGAUGAAUGUUGUAACAAACACCACUGCAAUACAACAACCAAACGAUGUGAGAAAAAUUAAGAUAAAAAAAAGGAAGCCUUAUAAAUUCCAUAAUUUGAUAAAUAAUAACUUUGUAACAAUUUUUUUUAAUAGAAGUUUUCUUGUAAAUCGAAUAUUGUAAACAAUAAAGAAAAAAAAUUAUUCUUAUAAAA